AUGGAGCAGCUUAUUGAUUCCUGGCCAUUCAACACCCUGCCGAGAGUGGUGCAGAAUGGUAGCUGUGAGUGGAUGCGUGGUAGUUGCUGGAUCGAGGGUAAUUUUCCGCUAGAGGCUAUACCAUCCCGAAAAGACAUAGAGGAAGAGACAUGGUCACGUGGUCAUUCCAAAUGGUCUUAUGUCAAGAAAUCUCCCGUACUUAACGCUGAACCAAAUUCUAGAAAUUGGAUAAGUCCUAAAAGUAAGUCGGCACUGCGAGUCACAUUCAACAGCACCGCUGUAAACAGUUAA